AUGGAUAUCCGGCUUGACGUGGACGAGACCGGCUCCUCCUAUCCCAUCCCAUCGGAUGCCGAUGCCCUGCUCUAUCAUCACACCUCUACCGAAACACAACAAUCACCCCAUCAUUCCGAGCACGGCCACGGCCACGAAGAUAUACCGAGCCAGGCCGAGUCCAUCGAAUCCCAUACCCGCCCAGCGCCCAACAUGCCCCCGCCGAUCACCCACGAACUCGACCCGUUUACCCAUUCGAUCGGGAUCUCAGACGAGGACGAGCAAGGUUAUGCCUAUGGAACCGAGGAUGAGAAGGAGCCCGCAUACGCAAACAUCGUCCUCGAGGAUCACACCUCCUCAUCCACCCAACUCAACUCUCUCAACACACCCGCCAACCCUCACUGGGGCCCCGCACCCGCCGGACGCGCCCUCAGGCGCAAUCGCACCAGGAAGAGGGUCGCACUCACAAACGGAAACUUGGUUAUCGACCGCCCCAUACCCGCUCGAUUGUUAAGCUUCCUGCCCCGUCGCGGAGAGGAGGAGUUCGAGAUCAUGUCUUACACCGCUGCCACGUGUGAUCCUGAUGAUUUUGAAUCUGAGAGAUACACCCUCCGAGCUGCUAAGAUGAACCGCGAAACCGAACUGUUUGUGGGAGUGACGAUGUACAAUGAAGACGAAGUGUUAUUCACGCGAACGAUGCACGGAGUUAUGAAAAACAUCGCCCAUCUUUGCACCAGAAAUAAAUCCAGGACGUGGGGAAAAGACGGCUGGAAGAAAGUGGUGGUCUGCAUCGUUGCGGAUGGGCGGAAGGUCAUUCAUCCACGAGUUCUCGACUGUCUUUCCGCAUUAGGUGUUUAUCAAGAUGGCGUAGGAUCCAACAUGGUUCAAGACCAACCCGUGACAGCACACAUUUACGAGUUCACCACCCAACUUUCGGUAGACAGUGACCUGAAGUUCAAGGGAUUAGAGAAGGGGAUCGUGCCCACACAGAUCAUCUUCUGCAUGAAAGAGCGCAACCAGAAGAAGAUCAACUCUCACCGGUGGAUGUUCAACGCCUUCUGUCCACUCCUUCAGCCCAACGUCUGCGUGCUUCUCGACGUGGGCACCAAACCGGGCCCGCGUAGCUUGUACCAUCUCUGGAAAUGCAUGGAUCUCAACUCAAACGUCGGUGGCGCGUGUGGUGAGAUUUGUGCGAUGAAAGGCAAAGGCUGGCUCGGACUACUCAACCCCCUAGUGGCCGCUCAAAACUUCGAAUAUAAAAUGUCAAACAUCUUGGAUAAACCAACGGAAUCCGUAUUCGGCUAUAUAUCUGUUCUACCCGGCGCAUUCUCAGCCUAUCGAUACAUUGCACUCAAGAACGAUGAGAUCGGGCGGGGACCGCUAGCGUCGUACUUCAAGGGCGAAACGCUUGCCGGUCGGGAUGCGGAUGUGUUUACGUCGAACAUGUAUCUGGCCGAGGACCGGAUCCUGUGCUGGGAGCUGGUGGCCAAACGCGGGCACAACUGGGUGCUAAAGUACGUCAAGAGCGCCUGGGGCGAGACCGAUGUGCCCAACGAGGUCCCAGAAUUCAUCAGUCAGCGCCGUCGUUGGCUCAACGGAAGCUUCUUCGCCGCUAUCUAUUCCUUGGCACAUAUAGGCCAGAUGUCUCGCACCGAACACUCCCGAAAGAAGGCUCUUGCACUCUACUUCGAAGGACUCUACAACUUUUUGAAUCUUUUAUUUGCUUGGUUUGGAUUGGCAAACUAUUACAUUUUUUUUGUACUACUAUCAUCCUCACUCGAAGACCCAUCUCUCAAAAUGCCCAAGGCGAUCACAAUUAUCAAUACUUUAUUACACUAUCUCUAUACUGGAACUUUGAUAGGGUGCUUUUUGCUAUCCAUGGGAAACCGGCCACAAGGGGCCAAGUGGAAAUAUAUUUCUGCUAUGAUCAUUUUUGCAUGCCUUGCACUCUACAUGUUGGUCGCGUGUGUGUUGAUUUUAGUCAAAGCUGUCAAGGGUGGAGCCAAUGCCACCCUUUAUGCGCAGAUCGUCAUUUCAUUGAUUGCUACUUUGGGCUCUUGGAUCACGUCAAGUGUCCUGGCGCUAGAUCCGUGGCAUUUGCUAACCUGCAUGUUGCAGUAUUUGUUAUUGGCCCCAGCAUAUAUCAACGUACUCAACGUCUAUGCAUUCGCAAACCUUCAUGAUUUUUCUUGGGGAACGAAGGACCACAAUAUCAUUUUAACCGACCUGGGAGUGGCAGUCUCUGCUGGCGAUUCGAAAGUAGAGAUCACAUGCCCGCUGGAGCAGAAAGAUCUUGACCAGACUUAUGACGACGCGCUGAUGAACCUGAAAACUCGGCCGAAAUUGGUCGAAAAGAACCGGUCGGACAAGGAGAAAGAAGCUCUAAAGCAAGACUAUUACAAAAGCGUCCGAACAAACGUUGUCCUGCUCUGGACGCUCACCAACGGUAUCUUGGUCGCUUGCAUUUUGGAUGGCGAUGUGAGAAGCUCCUUUGCUUUGGGAAAAGCCAGCUUGAAGGUCCGGCUAUACAUGAUCAUCAUUCUUGGCUUUGUAGCCUUCAUGGCGCUGAUCCGGCUCGGCGGAUCAACAAUCUACCUCGGCAUCCGGCUGUUUGCCGGCUGA